AUGUCGGACGAUAUGGCAAGUCAUUACCAGGUGAUGGAGGAGCUGGGCAGCGGCAGUUUUGGAACUGUGUACAAGGCAAUUGACAAGACCGACGGCGAGAUUGUUGCCAUUAAACAUAUCGAUCUCGAGUCCAGUGAAGAUGAUAUCCAGGAAAUUCAACAGGAGAUUUCAGUUCUGGCUACCUGCCAAAGUGCCUAUGUUACACAAUACAAGGCCAGUUUCCUCAAGGGCCACAAGCUAUGGAUUGUGAUGGAAUAUCUCGGAGGUGGUUCUUGUUUGGACUUGUUAAAACCAGGAAGUUUCAACGAAGCCCACGUCGCCAUCGUUUGCCGGGAACUCCUCCAGGGAUUGGAUUACUUACAUAGCGAGGGCAAGAUUCACCGAGAUGUGAAAGCCGCCAAUGUCCUGCUUUCUCAGACUGGCAAGGUCAAGCUGGCUGACUUUGGUGUUGCUGCGCAGCUGGUCAACAUCAAGUCACAGCGCAACACAUUUGUUGGAACUCCAUUUUGGAUGGCACCGGAAGUUAUCCAGCAGGCUGGAUAUGACUUCAAGGCGGAUAUUUGGUCACUGGGAAUUACAGCCAUUGAAAUGAUCAAUGGCGAACCACCCCAUGCCAGCACACAUCCUAUGAAAGUGCUCUUCCUUAUUCCAAAGAACCCUGCCCCUCGCCUCGAGGGCAACGAAUACAGCAACACAUUCAAGGACUUCAUUGCACAGUGUCUGACGAAAGAUCCCGAUCGUCGUCCUAGUGCAAAGGAGCUCCUCCGACACAAGUUCAUUCGGAGUGCUGGCAAGCCUGAGGCACUUCAAGAGCUCAUCCAUCGCAAGCAGGACUGGGAUGGCGGCCGUGGAUUGUCCAAGGACGUCAAAUAUUACGCGGAGUCUUUGAAUAACAUGUCCAGGCCAGAGGAGGACGAUGAAGACUGGGUCUUUGAUACCGUCAAGGCUCCCACUAUGUGGGUGCCUAAGGGUACAGACUGGACAACAUUGGACGAGGAGGAGGAGAACACUGAUCCUGCGGAGCUUAUGGACGAUCUGCACAUAUCACAGCCUCCACCUCCACCUAAGCACCAGGCAAACUCUACGGUUCGCCGAAUGCCCACCGAACGAUCACCUUCUGUCCGUCGGACCAACACCAAGCGUCGUUCCAGUGGCAUCAAGCAGCCACUUGGUCUGGACUUGAGCUAUGGCAACAGUCCAUCUACUGUUAGACAGUUCCGUCGGGUAUCAGACAAGGUCCCGGCCGAUGUCAAAUCCCCAAAACAGGCUCAGGCUCAGGCUUACGACGAAAAUGCCAGUCCAAAGGUUACGUCAACCGACUCCUCAAGUAAGGAGGCACAAAUUGGACGGCGGGCAUACAGCAAAGCCGUUGGGCUCUCCUGCCAAGAGGUUCUUUCGACGACGGGAGAUGGUGAUAAGCGUGAAGCUAUCUCUAGAUUGGCUGAGGCCUGGAGCGACCUGGAAAUGGUCGAUCCGGAGGGUCUUUACCACAUUGUCCGAAUUAUGAACGAGAAACUCCAAGCUGACUCCCGUUUAUCAAAUCUCCUCCCAUCUACCCAACCUGAUUCACCCUCUCGUCCUCGCCUCGUCUUGGCCCAAAACAACCCUCAUCUCAAGAGUCACAAGCGUCGCCAAUCUUACGUACCCGAACCUCAACCCCAAUCUCCCCCAUCUAACUUGCCCGGCAAGGCUGUUCCUGGAAUGGAACACACCAAACAACUUUCUGAAGUUCUUUACACGCGCUGGUCGGAAGGCCUCCGCAACCGAUGGGGCGGCAUCUAA